AUGUCCGAAGGAGGUUGCCUAUGCGGCGCGGUUCGCUACCAGACGGCUGGCGAGCCGCAGGCCAAGGCCCUCUGCCACUGCCUAGACUGCCACAAGAUCAGCGGCUCGACCUACUCGACCAACAUGAUCGUCCCCGCCGACGGCUUCUCCCUAACCAAGGGCAAGCCCAAGUUGUUCCCCAAGACCGCGGACAGCGGCCAGACAAUCACGUCCUUCUUCUGUGGUGACUGCGGGACCACCCUUUGGCGCGAGACCGUCACCUACGGCAACACCAAGAUUGUCAAGUGUGGAACCCUUGACGGGACGAGGGCCCUGGAACACGUCAAGCCCGCAGUGGAGCUCUUUGUGAAGAACCGCCCCUCGUGGGUGCCGGCCCUCGUCGACGCCACCCAGAAUGAGGCGUCCUAG